AUGAAACAAUUCAGCGAAACAGUAAAGAGUGAAAAUUUGCUGUUCCAAUUAGGGGUUGAUUGUUGGAUGGAGCUUGAAGAAGCCAAAGGGAAGCGAAGCAUGAAACACGAAGCAAGUCAUGAAGAGCAAGAAGCUUAUAAGAAGAAAGAAGUAUUCAAUAAAUUUGAGAUUAGUAUCGAUUUAAAAGCUAAGCAAUGCGUUAAGAAUAUUCCUCGUAGAAUAAGAACACGCCUGCAGAAGGCAAAAGAUAGAAUGAGUGAUGCCAAAAAAUGCCUAGAGACGAUUCAAAUAGAUACUUUGUCUCAUACACAAAAGAAUCCAACAUGA